AUGUCCCAAGCGAGCCCUAUCUUCGCUGAUAUGCUCUCUUUCCCUUCUCCGGCACUAGGGAAACAUGUUGAACACGAUUUAGACGAUCCAAAGGCAUCCCCUUCACGCUCCUUGAACGCCUCUGUCGAACUCACCGAGAGUUCCGACACCCUGGAGGAUCUCCUUCACUUCAUCUACGAUACCGACAUGGUCAAGCCAGAUACGAUGCUUCUCUUCAAUAAGUCGCACAGAUAUACGUCUCCUCUCGACGAGUACCAACGUCUCUCUGCGCUCUUUGAAGCGUCCUGCAAAUACGAGGUCGAAGCCGCACAAAGGGCAGUUGUCGACGCGCUACAAGCUCUCUUGCCUCACCGUGCCCUCCGAGCCCAGAUUGAGGAUCUGGCCACCCGCCUCGAUCACCCCAAUCUUGCUAGUCAAGCCCGGCACUAUGAGAGCAUCAAGCUGAACAGGCAACUACGAGCUGCAGUAUGUCUCCACAUUCAAAUACAACUGUCUCCGCUAAUUUCCUAUCUCAGGCAGCCUGGCGAACACAAAGCAGGGGAUAUAUGUGG